AUGGAUUACGAUAUAGCCCUAUUACGUUUGCAGUCUGAAUUGAUAUUUGGUUCGAAAGUGCAUGGAAUUAAACUUUCCAGGCGUCGUAUCAAGAAAGGACGCCGUUGUAGCAUGCUUGGCUGGGAAACUUGUGCCUUUCACGAAUCCGUUCCGUAUUCGACCUUAAGAAAGAUAAGAUUGAAGACUAUAUCGAAUAGGAGGUGUUUGAAGUAUUUUAGGAAAACUUUCGAUAUCAAGAAUAACGUUUCGAAGAGACAACUUUGUGCUAUUCCAAAGUGUACGAAUAAAAAGGUAACGUUUUGUCGCGCGGAUAAUGGCAGUCCGUUAGUUUAUAGGAAGAGACAAGUUGGUAUAUUGAGCCAUCCCUCAGAUGAACUUUGCACAAAAACACCAAGCAUUUUUACCAGGAUAUCGCCUUAUUUUAAAUGGAUUAAUCGAAAGAUUUAUAAGGCCGAUAAAUACGAAAAGAUUACGGCUUACAAACAUACUAAUCCAACUCCUGAUGAUUUCGAUGAGAAUUAUACUAUUGACGAUGUCGUUAAACAUCCUAAAUAUCGUAAAGAUGACUUAGAAAAUGAUAUCGUUUUAGUUAAAAUUAACAGCAUUUUUUAUUUCAACGGUGCGAUCCAAGCGAUUACUUUAUCGUCUGAAGAAAUUGGGUUGAAGGAUUGUUUGGCGUUGGGUUGGAGUGGUGAUAAUGAAACGGGAGUGUUUAGGCCAAGAUUCGUGCACGUUUCGACUAUGGCUGAUAAAUACUGUAAGGAUAUUUAUAAAGAAACGAAUGUUGUGGUGACGAUUUCGAAUUUUUGCGCUUGGUAUAAAUAUCGGGGAUUAGAUUUAUCAGAAAAUGACUCUGGAAAUCCGUUAAUUUAUCAAGAUAGACAAAUGGGGAUCAUAUCAAUCGUUGGGAAAUAUCGAAAACCCGUUAUUUUCACGAAAGUUAGCUUAUACAUAAAUUGGGUAAACCACACAACUAAUACUGCUAAAAUUAUUAAAAUAGAUGAUAAAAAACCUACUCAUCCAUGA